AUGUCUCUGGCUUCACCUUCACCUUUCGGCAUUCAAUAUCCAAAAUCAGGUCGGUUAUAUGAUUCUCACGUUCGUUAUAGCCAAGUCAAACCAGAAUCCAUUUUCAAGCUAGUCGGAGUCGAGGAAGACCGCCUAUGCAAACCUUUCAGACCGUUUCCUUCGGGGCGCAUAACAGUACAAGAAGGUCGAUUGCUCUAUCUCGCUGUCGUCGCCGCCUCAAUCGCUUGGAGUUCCUGCCAUGGCCUGGUCAUCCUCAGCGUCAGUUACUCUUGCGGAACGAUGCUGUACAACGAACUAGGAAUGGCAGCGAACCCUUUCUUGAAAAAUCCGAUGGGUGGAUUUGCUUAUUUUUGUUAUAGCUGGGGUACGGCAUUCAUAAUUGGCCACCAUCAACCGUUGAGUGCUAAUUCCAUCUACGCAACGCUCGUGAGCGGGUUGAUAUUCGCCCUUACUGGACAUAUGCAGGAUUUUAGGGACCGUUCUGGAGAUGCUCUCAUGGGCCGUAGAACAAUCCCGCUCAUGUUUUCCCAGCGUGUAGCCCGUUGGUCUCUAGUAUUCAUCAUGGCCGCGUUCACUUAUGGGUUGAUCGUGUUGUGGUCCCCGCCCAUCUGGGUUCUUUUCAUUUUCACGGCCCUCUUUCUCAUUACUGUCGUGACCCUGGUGGCGACGCAUUCAGAAGAGGAUGAUCGCGUCAACUUUCACUGGUAUGAGAUGUGGUUGAUUUGUGCUAACCUCUUACCGCUUUUCAAACGGAUAGCAGACGGAGAGGUUCAGCUGCCGGAAACAUUUAGUUUUCAGUCGUUACUAGCGUGAAUAUCACCUCACCAUGAGUGCGCCUCUAUCUCGACCGCCUUGUCCUUUCGUAACUCUUAGAGAUAGAGAUAUAGAGCUUGCCCAGAUCCUGUUUGUUCAUCCGAUACUUCUUUCGCCGACUCCAGCUCCUGUCCAGUAGAGUGUGUAUGUGAGGCAGCGGGAAAAAUCCGAGGAUGUAGUUUAUCAAAAGGUCUGCAAGUUUUUACGAUCUUUCGGGCCGUUCAAUACGGUAAGUACUGCCCGAGAAAAAACAUCCUACACGAACCUGGCACAUUCGAACUCCAUCCUUUGCCAAUUUUACAUGUAUUGCGGUCCAGAAAAUUGAUUUCUUCCCCAAUUAUCACCGCAAGAACACACAAACUAUGACGUUAGACCCCUGACCCCUUUUUCAUUCGCUCUGCUAUGAUUUUGUGUACCCUCGAUGUGAGAUGAAGCUCGUCAACCCAUAUCCCCCCGCGAUCAGCUACGACAUCAGCUUCGGUAAAACCAUACUUCUCUGGGUCAUCAAGAAUAGCGGAAAGGAUAUCAUGAGAGGAGAAACAAGACACCCUGGCCGUAGGUGUGUCGUCGACGAAUUGGGAGAUAUGUGUUCGCAUCUCCUCGUUCCACGUUUCAAUGCGCGUCUUCAUGAUCUCCGCGUGUGGAAGGCC